AUGAUGCUCGAGUUCAUCCUACACAAGUCCAGAUGUGAGAACUUCGUUACCUUGUCACAUGAUCAGGCACGCCUAACCGGUAAGGCCCGUUGGCUUUCUCUGCAUCAUAAAAGAGCUGGGCAGGCUAGGAUGAGUCCAGAGGAUUUACCCUUUGUUCGGUCUCUAACAGUCUUUGGCAAGGCACACAAAUCUGUUUUGGAUUUCUCCAAGUACGAACUGCUGCGAGUUUUGGAUCUGGAAGAAUGUGAGGAUGAAUUGGGUGACAAGCAUCUCAGAGAGAUAUGCAACCUACUGCUACUUAGGUACCUAAGCCUUGGUGGCCCCAUUUCAGUGCUUCCCAAGGAGAUUGCAAAGCUAAAACUUUUGGAGACACUUGAUAUAACAAGAACCAAGAUAGAGAUUCUGCCUAUACAAGUCAUCGAGCUCCCGAGAUUGAUUCAUCUGUUUGGAAGGUUCAAACUUGAAGAUGCAAGUCAGAGAAUAAGUAAGCUGAAGAACUUCCUUUCAGAAAAAAGUAACUUGCAGACGCUAUCAGGAUUUGUUGCUGACAAAGGAUUUGCACAACUCAUGGAUCAUAUGAAUAACUUGACAAAGGUGAAAAUAUGCUGUGAAUCCACUAUGGAUGUCAGCAACAUAACUCAUCUUUCCAAGUCAAUUAACGGGUUCAUCCAGAGAGGCACUCAUGCGAGUGACAAUCGUUCACUCUCACUGAAUUUCAACAAAUGGUCCGAAGACUUGCUGAGUUUUUCCUUGGAAAAAACAUGCUUUCUCAGUAAACUGAAGCUAAAAGGCAACAUCUUGAGUUUACCUCCAUUUGUUACCACGUUGGCUGGUCUCACCGAGCUGUCUCUUUCAUCCCUCGGCAAGUUCACUGGGGAUAUACUUGCUGCUGUAAGCAUAGUGCGCUCCUUGCAGUACCUGAAGCUGGUAGCAAGUCACAUGGACAAGUUUGUCAUAAGAAAGGGGCAGCUCAAUAUACUACUACGCCUGUGCAUCGUGGUGCAAUCCAUGGAAGACCUAGAAAUCGAAGAGGAUGCGCUUCCGUGUUUGGAGUCCCUCCAGCUGCUCUCUAAGGAUUUAGAUGGUUUUGGUGGCAUAAGAAUGGAAUUCCUUGGACGUCUCAAGGAGGUGGCUCUCGACGAUGGAGUGAGCGACGAAGCAAAACAGGAGUGGGAAGAAGCAGCAAAGAAACACCCGAGACGACCCAAAGUCUUGUUUGUGAAAACAAUGUGA